ACAGCUUCAGUUAAUUUCAUAAAAAAUAAAUGUUUUACAAAUAUGCAUAAAGAAAUAACAGAACAAUUCGAAGAACUUGGAAUUGAACCUAGCAGUGAAAUACUCGACAAAUGUGUUGAGAUUUGUUUAACACACGGUCUGUCAGAUCCGGUUGAAUUUGUUGAGCAAUGGGUAGCAUAUAGUAUAUCAAAUUUAAAUGGUGCUGAGCCAACAAUACCGUUCUUAAUAGAAUUUGAAAGAAAAGAACUUGCAAAUAUUAAAAAGGAACUGAAAAGCAAACCAAAAACGGUAAAAUCUGAACUAAAUUCAUACUGCAAAGAUUCCAGCGAGGCAUUGGUUGAUUUUUAUAAUGUAAAUCCGAUUGCACUGUACAGCGAUGUCAAUAUUAAUGAUAAUACAAAUGAACAAACGACUGCAUGUAAUGAAGAUGACAAAACGUUUGUAAAUAACGAUAUUUGUGUUACGCCAAAGGCCAUUAAAACUAUAAUACCAAGGACACCUUUAAGUCAAAAUCAAGAAUACAAAUUCAGUCCUGCUAGUUAUUCGCCUGUUUGUGGAACCCCAAGAACUUCGAUUUUAAAUUCUGGAAAAAUUGUUUAUACUUUUGGUCAUUCAAAUUUGAUUAAUGAAACCACAUGGUCAGCAAAAAAAGCAAUCACAAUUAAAAUAAAAAAUUUAAGUCAAUAUGAGGGUGAACCUUUAUCUAAUAAUUCUAAGUUUUUGUUUGAUAAUAUAUUAGACAAAAUCAAUUUGUUUGCUGAUAAUAUAUUCGAAAGAGGAAAGGAGCUAUGUAAGAAGCAUUUUGGUCCAAAUACAAUUGAUUAUGAUUUACAACACCCAGAUAUUUUAAAUUCCGAUACUUUUAACACUAUUGGAACAAUAGUUUGUGAACAUGAAGGCGUUCUUGACAAAAAUUCAACUUUUCUUGUAGGUUCAGACGAUAUGCGAUUGCGAAAAGUACAUUUAAACUUCAACAAAGCAAAGCCAUUCGGAAUUUUUCCUGGUCAAACUGUAUUAGUAAGUGGAACAAAUCCUCAUGGUGAUGCUCUAAUGGUUGAAGAGUUUUUUGUAGAAAGAAAUUUGCAACUUCCUGAAAUACCAAAAGUUGAUGAACCCAUAAAUUUCGUUUUUGCUUGCGGUCCUUACACUAACUCUAGUGAUUUAGUUUAUGAACCUUUAACCAAUUUGAUUGCAUAUUGUAAGGAAAAUAAACCACAUGUAUUAAUAUUGGUAGGACCAUUUAUGGACACAGAUCACAGUAUGAUGAAUGGAACUGUAAUAGCUGAAAGUUUUGAAUCAUAUUAUUUAAAAAUUAUUACAGGUAUUAUCGAAGAAAUGGAAAAUGACAUUACUAUUUGUAUAAUUGCAUCUAAUAGAGAUGCAAAUGCUGAUAUGGUUUAUCCAACUCCACCUAUAAACUUAAGAAGAAAUUUUUCUAACGUACACAUGUUACCCGAUCCCUGUAUUGUUGAUGUUAAUGGAAUCCAAAUUGGUUUAACAGCAACAGACAUAUUUGAACAUUUGCUUAAUAAUGAAUUAAUUUUAAGUGCCGGAGAUAAAGUAAAACGUAUUGUUAAUUAUUUGUUUCAUCAGGGUUCUUUCUAUCCACUGAACCCGCCUGCAGAUGGUGUAUGUUUUGACAGUGGUUUAGCAAGCAAAUUUGCUAGAAUUGAAAAAGUGCCUCAUGUUCUUGUAUUGCCGAGUAGUCAUAAGCAAUUUAUCAGAGAUGUGAAUGGCUGUUUAGUUAUAAACCCCGGUCGUUUAGCACCAGUUGAUAUAGGAACUUUUGGCAGAAUUGUUAUUCAUUCUACCGAGAAAAAGGAAAAACCAAUUGAAUAUAUGGCAUGCCAAAUAAGAAGAGUUUGAAUAUGUUAAUAAAA